CUCCCUUGAGGCUGAACCAUUAUACUUGUAUUGGCUACAAGCAGCUCUAAAACUUUAUUGAAUUUCUUCUUUAAACUCAUCGACUUGUUUUAUUGUUAUUGCAGUGCGAAAAGCAUAAUUACGGGUUUUAAGGCGCGUUGUUUCCUUUACGCACUUCCUUCCCGAGCAUCUGUCUCCCAAUCCAUCAAAUGCCCCCGAUGAAGGUUCUUAUCAGUCUUUGAUUUUAGGUGGUAUAAAAGAGCUGACCGACUCUCAGGUCUGCAGCCGAGGCAGCAUCUUUCUUCGGAGUGAACGUCCCAUCCCAUCCUCACAGAAAUGUCCAGAAAAGUUAUUUUGGUCUUUGCGCUGUUGGUGGCGUUGAUCGCCUCUGACUCUGCGGCCGCGCCUCAGAGCGCCGCGGCCGGACAGGCGAAGGGGGCGGACGUCCUGCAGCGGCUCCUGGCCAAGAGGGAGAAAGCGAGGGAGGCGUCGGCGCCCCGGGCGGAGAGACGGGCGCACCUGUCUGAAGACGAGCGGGAGAUAAUGACCAAGCAGGUCAUGCAGGCCAUCGCAGAGGUGAUGAACUCUGACUGCAUGUUGGGCCGCGACUACCAGGGCUGGGUGGACUUCGGACGCAGGGACGCAGCGGAGUGAGGAAGGACAGCGACUCUGUCCUGGUUUUUCUUCACCAUGUACAGAAAAGUUGAGGCUUGAAAAUGUAUAAAUAAAGAUCUUUGCAGAAUGAUCUCUGCAGUCCGGACUGAUUUCAUCUUCACUGAAAGACAUUCAAAGCCGAAAUGGAUGAAAAUGUACGUUUUUUGGGGGGGUUUUUUAUUCUCAAGUGGUAAAAGACUCACCGACAGAGAGCUGGCAGACUACAGUGGAAAGCAGUGCAGAGAAACAGGAAUUUGGCAUAUUUAGGUCAAAAACUAAUUACAAUGUUGUGUUCAUGAUUUCUUCCCUUUUAAAGCCACAGUAUCCUAUGCCAUUUUUUGCUACAUUUGAUUGCUCUGAAUGUUCAAACAUUAAAAGAUUGAGAAAUCACUCUUAAUGCCCAGAAAAAUGAUCCUGAUCAGACAGAAAUCCCAGCGGUUUAACAGACUCCUGACGGUGUGAAAUACAGCAGAAUCGACAUGAUCUGUUCCUUUGUACGCUGGAAGUCCAACCCGUUCGCUCGGGCGUGGCUCAGAUCGACACACAAAACAAAUCGGAGAUGAAAAGAUAUGUGGGAGGAUGAAGGAUGUCAUCGCAGCGCUCCUGUAUCAGUUUCUCUCAGUGUAGCAGCUCUAAGUUACAGGAAAACCAGUGCUUUGGUGCAUCUGAAUGUUCUUCAGUGCCACAACGUCAGUUUAUACUGCAUGUAGUCUUUUUUUUUCCUUAAAUAGCAAAC